AUGAUGAUGAGAAAGGGGCUACGCGUCGGUAUGGGUGCGCUGACAAAAGGACGUUACCUCUCCACGGCGGGCCUCCUGAUUCUUGUUUAUUGCACAUCACCCGUGAUCUCCAAAGGUGCCACGGGUGAUGCUCAGCCUGACACCCUGCCGUCCGUGCAGGGCACCCUGCCGCACUUCAUCCAGGAGCCGGAGGACGCCUACAUUGUCAAGAGCAACCCCAUCAAGCUGCGCUGUCGAGCCGCGCCCGCCUUACAGAUCUUCUUCAAAUGCAACGGGGAAUGGGUGCACCAGAACGAACACUUCUCCCAGGAGUAUAAGGACCUCAACACCGGGCUGAAGGUGCGUGAGGUGAUGAUCAACGUGUCCCGUCAACAGGUGGAGGAUUUCCAUGGCCCCGAGGACUACUGGUGUCUCUGUGUGGCCUGGAGCCACCUGGGUACUUCCAAGAGUCGCAAGGCUACUGUCCGCAUCGCCUACCUGAGGAAAAACUUUGAGCAGGACCCCCAGGGGAAGGAGGUGCCAAUCAAUGGGAUGAUCGUUCUGCAUUGUCGCCCUCCAGAGGGAGUGCCUGUGGCAGAGGUGGAAUGGCUAAAAAACGAAGAGCUGGUGAGUUCCUUGUCUGACGACAACAUCGACACCCGAGCCGACCACAACCUCAUCAUCAACGAGGCACGUCUGUCUGACUCCGGCAACUACACCUGUCUCGCCAGCAACAUCGUGGCAAAGCGACGCAGCGCCACAGCCACUGUGGUAGUCUUUGUGAACGGCGGCUGGUCCCUGUGGACGGAGUGGUCACCCUGUAAUGUGCCAUGUGGGCGGGGUGUCCAGAAGCGAUCUCGAACCUGCACUAACCCGGCUCCUCUGAACGGCGGGGCUUUCUGUGAGGGCAUGUCCGUACAGAAGAUCACCUGCAACGCGCUGUGCCCAAUUGACGGAGGCUGGGACGAGUGGAGCGAAUGGACCAUAUGCAGCAGUCAGUGCGACAGGCAGCGGAGUCGGGAAUGCAACUCACCAGCACCCAGACACCGAGGCAAGAUGUGUGAAGGGAACAGCGAGGCCACUGAGAACUGCACAGAUGGACUGUGUACCCAGAAACGAAAGCUGCUACAUGACGUUAAACCUCAAAGUAUGGACAGCUCCAACGACAUAGCUCUGUACUCGGGUCUGGGAGCCGGCAUCAUCGCCGUGGCAAUCCUCGUAGUGGCCGUCAUGCUGUACAGGAAGAACCACAGCGAGUACGGAGUGGAUGUCAUCGACUCCUCUGCGCUCACAGGGGGAUUCCAGUCUUUCAACUUCAAGACCACCAGACAAGGCAACCCGCUGCUUCUCAACUCCUCGAUGCAGCCUGACUUAACAGUGGGACGGACAUACAGCACUCCGCUCUGCUUCCAGGACAGCACAGACAAAGAGCUCUUUGACCCCCUGCCAGACAUCAAGGUCAAAGUUCAGAGCUCCUUUAUGGUUUCACUAGGUGUGGCCGAGCGUGCGGAGUUCCACGCCAAAGCCCCCGCCGAGACCUUUCCACGGGACCUGAGCCGGGACUACUGCAGCACCAUGGACAGGCGCAAGAAGGGCCUGCUGACCCUCAACGGGCCCUUCAGCACCAGCAAAGAGCAGCUGAGGACCUCGGGUGUGUUCGGCUACCCUGGAGGGCGACUGGUGGUGCCGAACACCGGGGUCAGCCUGCUGGUGCCUCACGGAGCCGUGGCUGAAAAUAUGUCCUGGGAGAUGUACAUGGUGAUCAAUCAGGGAGAGGCAAGUGUUCAAACACUGGAUGGCUGUGAAAUCCUCCUGGGCCCAGAGGUGACAUACGGUCCUCCAGGCCUGGACCUCUUCUGCCCAGUGGCCAUGACCAUAGCUCACUGCGCUGAGGUGGACGCCGAGAACUGGAACAUCCAGCUCAAGAGGAAAACCCAGGACAGCAAAUGGGAGGAAGUGAUGUCAGUGGAGGAGGAGUCUACUUCCUGUUACUGCCUGAUGGACUCGUCGAGCUGCCACCUGCUGCUGGACCAACCAGGCUCGUACGCCCUGGUGGGCGAGCCCCUGACGCAGGCUGCCGUCAAGAGGCUGAAGCUGGCUGUGUUUGGAAGCAUGGAGGCCGGCUCCAUGACCUACAGCCUGCGGGUGUACUGUGUGGACGACACGCCACACGCCUUUCAGGGAGUGGUGGCUGCAGAGAAAACCAGAGGGGGACAGCUCCUCGAGGAGCCAAAGAUGUUGCCUUUCCGAGCGAACACCUUCAGCCUCCAGGUGUCUAUCCAGGAUGUUCCCCAGUUCCUGUGGAGCAUCAAACCCUUUACCACAUGUCAGGAAUUCUCCUUCCCCCAAGUGUGGUGCAGCAACCAGCAGCCCCUGCACUGUGCCUUCUCUCUGGAGAGAUACAGCCCUGCCACCGCCCAGCUCUCCUGCAAAAUCAGCGUGCGCCAGGUCAAAGGCCACGAGCAGAUUCUGCAGGUCUACACGGCUGUGGCCGAGACUGAAAAGGAGUCAGUUCCAUUUUUUAUGCAGACAGACUGCACCAUCACGUCCCAGACGGGGCCCAAGGCCUUCAAAAUCCCCCUGUCCAUCCGCCAGAGGAUCUGUGCCACCUUUGACACUGCCAACGCCAAGGGCAAGGACUGGCAACUCUUAGCCCAGAAACUCCACUUAGAUCGGAACCUGGGUUAUUUUGCAAAGCAGCAGAGUCCGUCUGCAGUCAUACUGAGCCUGUGGGAGGCUCGCCACCAGGACACUGCUGACCUUGACUCUCUAGCCAGCGCCCUGGAGGAGAUUGGCAAGAUCCACUCCAAAAGCUCCCCCAAGGACCAGGAUGAGCCGGAGUCCGACUUCAAUCACAUACAAGCGGGCAGUCUGUGCGGAACGGGCAAACUAACAAGUGAGAAGACAGAGGACUCCGCUCCUGAAUUUACAGGCUGA